ACUGGAUACGGUAAGCGUUGAAAAGGCCACACCUCUGAAAAGAGUGAAAAACAGUUGGUUGUUUGGGUUGAGAGAAUCGAGAUAGGAUACAUUUGUGACUUCUAUAUGCUUUUUCACCCUAACAUCCUUAAAAAAGUGAAAUAAAUAUGCCACCAGCAAAUUCAACUAAAUCAACUAAUUCUAAUAGUGAAGGUGAUUAUCAACUUGUACAGCAUGAAGUCCUCUAUUCCAAUUACAAUCAGUAUGAAGUUCUGGAUUUUCUUGGCCGUGGUACCUUUGGUCAAGUGGUUAAGUGCUGGAAAAAGGGAACAAAUGAAAUUGUGGCAAUCAAAAUCCUUAAAAAUCAUCCAUCUUAUGUUCGCCAAGGCCAAAUUGAGGUCUCUAUACUUCAAAGGCUAUCUGCUGAAUCAUCGGAUGAUUUUAAUUUUGUCCGAGCCUAUGAGUGUUUCAACCAUAAAAAUCAUACCUGCCUGGUGUUUGAGAUGUUAGAACAAAAUUUAUAUGAUUUCCUUAAAAAGAAUAAUUUUCAACCUCUUCCUCUUAAAUUUAUCCGUCCCAUUCUACAACAAGUUUUAACAGCUCUCCUCAAAUUGAAACAACUGGGCCUAAUCCAUGCUGAUCUGAAACCAGAAAAUAUAAUGUUAGUUGAUCCAGAGAGAUAUCCAUUCAGAGUUAAAGUGAUUGAUUUUGGAUCAGCCAGCCAUGUUUCCAAAGCUGUUUGUUCUACAUAUCUACAGUCCCGUUAUUAUAGAGCACCCGAAAUUAUAUUGGGAUUACCUUUUUGUGAAGCAAUUGAUAUGUGGUCUCUUGGUUGUGUAGUAGCUGAAUUAUUUCUUGGAUGGCCUCUUUAUCCAGGGGCAUCUGAAUAUGAUCAGAUACGUUAUAUUUCACAAACCCAGAGUCUACCUGCAGAUCAUAUGUUAAAUGAAGCAACCAAAACAACCCGAUUUUUUCACCGUGAAACAAACUCAAGUUAUCCCUAUUGGAGAUUAAAAACACCAGAAGAACAUGAAAGUGAGACUAACAUUAAAUCCAAAGAAGCCCGUAAAUAUAUAUUUAAUUGUCUUGAUGAUAUGGCUCAAGUGAACGUUCCAGAUUUAGAGGGUACCGAAUUGUUGGCCGAAAAGGCUGACCGUCGUGAAUUUAUUGAUUUAUUGAAAAGGAUGUUAACAUUGGACCAAGAUCGUCGAAUCACACCGGGUGAAGCUUUAAAUCACAAUUUCGUUGCCCUUUUCCAUUUACACGAGUAUGCACAUUGUCAAAAUGUUAAAGCCUCGGUUCAAAUGAUGCAAGUUGUCCGUUCCUCUCGUAAUCCAUUGAGAAAUUCAAGUAACAACAAUCUUAAUUCAGUGACCAGUGAAGCUAAUAGCUAUGUGCCCUCAAACGAUCACGCAACCAACUUUUACCAUCAAGUUGCAGCUCCUAGGAUUGCUGCUGCUACAUCAAGCUCGGUACGAGCGGCUCAAUUCCGUGCAGUAGCAGCUCACCAGGCUGCUGCUGUUGAUCCGUUUCAGACCGCCCUUUGUGUCCCAUCAAUCCUUUGCCCUCCUGGUGCCCAUCAAACUGGACCCUCAGCUCAAGUGCCUCCUAAUCCUUAUCAAAACCUUAAUUCUCCGGCUAAACAUGUUGUACCCAUGGUUGCGGCCGCUCAAACUCAGGGAACAGUCCAAUUCCAACCUAGUCUGAUUACGGCACAGUCCUAUGUUCCAGUUUCAGCUGUUGCCGUUCAAUGGCCUCCACCACAGCCACCAGCACCCGUUGUUACAGGGUCAAAUAAUCGUCAACAAAUCUUUGUUGGUCCAACAUUACCACCAUGGCAACAAUUCCCGGCUGCAGCUCAACGAGCUGCUUUAGCAGCAAUUCAAUCACAGCAACAACAACAAAGUGUUCUAGCUGACGAAGCUUGGUCUAAAUCUUUUGUCUUUGAAAGAGCUAUGCUUCAAGCUGCUGCACCUGAUGCAUCAGCUAUCAUACCUAUGGCUGAAUUAGCAGCAUCUACUAACGCAAGUGGUCAACAAGCGGCUGAACAAGCUUAUUAUGAUCAUCUUACUCGAGGUGCUGCAGCAGCUGCGGCUGCUGUGGCUGGUGAUAGAGGAGGCCUUAUUUCAGGUGGACAACAAUUACCUGGAUCAUGGGGAAUGGUUCCAGUUUCAGGGCCGGCUCAGCCAGCUCAUCAAUCUUCAAUUCAACAUCACCCGACUCAUCAUUUUCGUCAACCUUUACCAGCUCAUGGAGCAACAUUGUUAGCUGCUAUUCCAAGUUCACAGCGGCGCCAAACAAUUGCCAAUUCUGCUGCGGCCGCAGCAAUGGCCAUGGCUGCUUAUGCUGGUUCAUCAAGCAGUUGUUAUAAUGUCAGUGCAGCUGGCGGUGGUAAUAACAAUGGUAAUGGUAAUUCUGGUGGUCCUGGUGGUAUGUCUAGUAGCUCAUCUAUGAGCAAUCUGAAUAAUUUAAAUCAUCAUUUAAAUAGCAGUUUAUCCAAUUCUGCAAGUAACAGUCACCAUCAUCUUAAUCAUUUAAAUCACCAUCAUGGAGGUGUUGGUAACAACUCUAUCGGAUCAAAUAAUAGUAAUAAUGGAAAUAAUUCUAGCAAUCUUAACAGUAACAUUAACAAUAGCCACAGGCCUUCUCGGACCAAAGAAUAUUCAAGUAGCCAGUUAUCUCCCGUAAAAAAGAGAGUUAAAGAGUCAUCUCCACCAAAAUGGAAUUAUGAUCCAAUAAUAAUGUCUGGCUCAUCAUCUAGGCAAUAUCUUGAAUCAGGCUACGCUUCAGUUUUAGUUAACAGUCCAAGCAUCAAUUUUGACUCGGAUGAGCCUCACAGGCCAACUAAAAGUGUGGUGAUAAUGAAAAGCAGUGGUUCAAGUAAUAGCAAUGGUAGCAGUAAUGCUAAUUUAUCAAAUAUGAAAUUCCAAGUCCAUCAACAAACAAACUCACAACAUCUUCAUUCACAACAACAGCAACAGCAACAGCAACCACAGCAACAACAACCACCUCCACAGCACGCUCAUCAGCAGCAACAACAGGCUUUACAACAUCAGCAACAACAACAAACAUCCCAACAAUCCCAUCAACAGAUUCAAUCCCUUCAUCAUCAUCACCAUCUUCAUCAUCAACCAGCACCCGCUCACCAUUCAAUUCCUUCGGCAAAGUUGACCUUAACAUCAUCAGAUUUAAGGGAUGCUAAGAAACAAGGUAACCUUCAAACAAUAACACUAGAGGAUACACCAAGUCCUGCUGUCAGUGUAAUAACCAUUUCAGAUUCUUCAGAAGAAGAAGAAGAUUCCACUAAUAGCAGAUCUAACAAUCUAUCUACAACAACAACAGCAACAGCCUCAUCAGCAAUCACCUCCGCAACCACAACAAACACUCUUAAUCAACAUCUUCAUCUUCACAGUAACCAUAACCAUCUUCAUAACCAUCUUCAUACAAUUAACAACAGUCGAACGUUACAUCCAGCACCUACUUGGUGAAAACUCAAAAAAACAUAAACAAAAAAAAAGCUAUAUUCACCCAAAUUCACACACACAAAUAAAACACAUCAUCACCUAAAAAAUCACAAUAUAUUACCUGUCACAACCAAAAACCAACACCACCACCACCACCGUCACCACCAAAACAAACAUCAUCAUCAUAAUCUUUGUCAUCCGUUAUAUUAUUAUUAUUCGAGUUAUACUACGCGGCUUGUGACCAUCAUUAGCUGCACCAUCAUCAAGCCUGUCGUUACACUCAACGAAGAAAAAUUUAGCAAAAAAAAAUUAUAAAAACAGAUAAAAAUGAUAAAAAAUAUGAUUUUUUGUCAAUUAUAUAUUUAAAAAUGUUCAUCGCUGGAGGAUACGCAUUAUAUGUAAAUGUUGUAUUACUGCGUCGAAAGUAUGUGUGAUUAAUAAACGAGGCAAAAAGCCGAGUGUUUAAUCACACAUAGUUGAGACAAAGUGGUAUAACUUGCUUAUACAAGUUAUUGUAUGCGGCUCAUAUACUGCGCUCUUUUCAAUGGCAGUAUAAGUUGUAUAAAUACAUGAUAUAUAUACAUAUUAUCGCUUAAGGAUUGCAUUUUAUUCCUCUCUUGAUUCAUCUCUCUUCUCAAUCUCUUUCUCUCUCUCUUUUUCUUCCUCUCUCAUCCUCUCUUCUCUUCCCUCUCUUUGCCUCGCCUUUGUAAAUAUAUGUAAAUUGUUGACAGGAAGAAAGUUGAACCUGUCUUUGAUGGUAGUGAUGAUAUAUUAAUAAUAAUAACUAACAUUAUUAAAAAUACUGAUGAUGAUGGUGAUUAAAAGCAGCAUUGCCAGUCUUUUUUAUGUAUACGGUUUCCUGAUGAAACAUUAUUAUUUCAAAGCCUAUUUCUUGAUUCAUGAUCACGCAAUAAACUUAGACUUACUGUUUCACCUUGAGUAGGAUAAGAUAUAUUUUCAAAUAUGGAUCUAAAUGAGUAAAAACAGGGAAAAUUAUACUUAUAUUUAUGUUUGUAUUUUGAUAAUGAUUAGUUGAUUGUUUUAAGGUAAAUAUGAUGAGUUAAAACAAAAAGCAACUAUUGAAAUUGAAUGGCAACAUUGAGCUAGAUUGAAAAACGAAAUGAAAGAAAGGUUGAAAGUAAUCAAAUGGGGAAUCAACUAAAUAACUGUUGACAAUUUAUAAAAACCUCUUCUGUUCUUUUAUAUUUUUCCUUCUUUCUCUACUUGAUUAACCUUUUUGAUUGUGAUCAUUUCAUGUUAAAUGAUUACCGAAUGAAAAUUGAUUAUACUUUGAUGUGUAAUUGUUGAGUGUUUGUCUUUUUAAUGAUGUCAAAUUAAUUUUACUCUUCAUUGAGUUAUCAGAGGGGAAAAGAGUUUCAGUUGAUUACAAUUAUUUGUUUCUACUGUUGACAAUUAUAAUUAUUGUUUUUUGUUUUUUUUUGAAUAUCAAAAUAUGGUAUAUAAAUAGCGUUUUAUAAAAUGAAAUUGUUUUGAAAUUCAUAUUUAUAUAUAUUAAGAUGAGGAGAGGACAAAAUGGCCAAUCAAAAUUGAAAUAAUGAUGAUUUUAACCAUUUUGGCUGAGUUUGAUUUAUAAAAAAUUCAAGAAAAGGUCAAUUGAAUGAGAUCGUUUGGAAGAUGAACAAAAUUGGAAAGAAUGAUGAUUAAGCGAUGAUUAGUUUAUGUUUAGUAUAUUAUAACGAUGAUCCAGAAGAGGAUAAUCAAGACGAUGAGACUUGUGUCGCCAUAAUCGAUUGGAACCAACAAAAGCAGUACAUCAAAUGGAUCCAAUGAAUGAGGAAAAUUAAAGAUGAUUUAAAGUGACUUGGAAUCUGAGCUGUUCUGAGUUUGUAAUUAAUCCUAGUGAGUCUAUCAUGAGUGAUUUAACCUUCUGCCAACCCAAAUUAAACACCAUUUGCAUCAAGGAAAAUGGAAUGAGUCGAGGCGUUGAAUGGUUCAAUGGUUUAAUCUGGUUAACCUUCCUAUAAUUGUUUAGUGACGAUUGGUGGUUCAAAGUGUCCAUGGAAAGCCAAAGAUUAAUCAACAAUUACAAUGAAGAUGACGAUGAUGAUGAUGAUUAGCGUAAUGAUGUUGACGGGAUGAAAUGGGUUCCAAUCAAUGUAAUACAAGGGAAGGAAGAAAUGGCGUUUCAUCAGUGACUCUGGUUACUCUUGUUUUUGCAUUAAUUGUGAUGAUGCUUCAGUUGUUAACAAAAUUAAUUUUUGAUUACAUUGGCAUAUCAAUUUAUUGGCCCUAGUUAAUCAUAUUAAUUUGGCUUUGAUUGUAUAUUUAUCUUUCUCUCUAUUAAAAGGAAAGGAAAGAAUGA